ACUGUGCAGGGGGUUACGUGCAGUGCAGGUCGAUGGUGCGAGUUUUGCAUUCCCAGGGUCGCGCGCCCGGGUUAUACAUGCGUUGAAUUCGUGCAUGCAGAGCAAGCAGCUAGCAGAUCUAAAGACUGAGACAGUGAGACCAUCUGAACAUCAACCUUUGUUAUUGACUUGCUUUGCUGAAAGUUAGCGGUAGUCAUCAUCUCCGAUCAUCAUGGCUUCCAAGCGCCCCCACGUAGCGGACGAUGAGCAUGACAGCGAGCAUUACUUUCAAUUGGCUCAGUACAAGGUCGCCACAGCCAACACAUUCUUGGACCACUGCAGCAAGCUUCACAUUGAAUCCCGUCCAGGCAAUGUGCGCAACUCUGGAAUCGUCUGCACUAUUGGACCUGUUUCUCGUAGCGUUGACACUCUGAUGGAUAUGAUCAAGAAUGGCAUGAACAUCGCUCGUAUGAACUUCUCACAUGGAUCACAUGAGUACCAUGCAGAGACAAUCAAGAAUGUUCGUGAAGCUGAGAGGCGUCUGACCCAGGUGCGUACGUGCAGCAUCGCUGUAGCUCUGGACACGAAGGGACCAGAGAUCAGAACUGGACUCUUGGCAGGUGGAGGAUCAGCAGAAGUCAAGCUAGAAACUGGAAAGAUUAUCCGUCUCAGUCUGAACAAGGCUGAUGCUGAGUCAGGCACUGCAGAGAAGAUCUACGUUGACUACGCAAACAUGAGGAAGGUCCUGGAUGUCGGUGGCACCGUCUUUGUCGAUGAUGGCUUGAUUGCUCUUGCGGUAACUGCAAUUGGUGCUGACUACCUUGACUGCAAGAUUAUCAAUGGAGGUAUGCUAGGCAGCAGGAAGGGGGUGAAUCUACCCAAUGCUGAGGUAGACUUGCCUGCACUCUCAGAGAAAGACAAGGGAGAUCUCAGAUUUGGUCUAGAGCAUGGGGUUGAGAUGGUGUUUGCAUCCUUCAUACGUAAGGCUACCGAUGUUCAUCAGGUCAGAGAGGUGUUGGGUGAGCAAGGAGCUCACAUCAAGAUCAUCAGUAAGAUCGAGAACCAGGAAGGUGUAGCCAAAUUUGACGAGAUCUUGGAAGCGAGUGAUGGUAUCAUGGUUGCCCGUGGUGACCUUGGUAUUGAGAUCCCACCUGAGAAGGUCUUCCUAGCUCAGAAGAUGAUGAUCAGUAGAUGCAACAAGAUUGGCAAAUCAGUCAUCUGUGCUACUCAGAUGUUGGAGAGCAUGGUGAACAACCCCCGUCCAACCAGGGCCGAGACUAGCGAUGUCGCCAACGCUGUGCUUGAUGGAGCAGACUGUGUCAUGUUGUCAGGGGAGACAGCAAAGGGCAAAUACCCAGUGGAAGCUGUCAGCAUGAUGCACAGGAUCUCUCGAGAAGCAGAGGCUGCUGUGUUCCACAGGCAGCAGUUUGAAGAGUUGACCAGGGAGGUUGAUAUGCCGACCAGUGCUGGUCUCACUGUAGCCAUAGCAGCUGUCGAAGCAUCCUACAAAUGCUUGGCUGGUGCUAUUAUUGUACUCACCAAGACUGGAAGGUCUGCCCACAUGAUUUCUCGCUUCCGUCCUCUUGCCCCGAUUCUGGCCGUGACCCGUGACCAGGUCAUUGCUCGUCAGAUCCAUCUCCACCGUGGAUGCUUCCCCCUCCUCUACCCCUACCCCGUAGAGGAGAAGGACCGCAACUGGUCAGAGGAUAUCGACAAUCGCGUCAAGUUUGCUGUAGAGAUCGGCAAAGGCAGAAAGUUUUUUGAAGACAACACCCCAGUUAUCGUGGUGACUGGAUGGCGAUCUGGUGCGGGCUUCACCAACACCAUGCGCAUCAUAUACGCGUAAAGAGACACCAAAGAUAGAUGGGCAAAUCCAAAGAAUUUGUAUGCAGAUUUUAUCCUCUUGCUCCACAGUCCCAAUCUAUCAAUGUGUUGCAGAUUGAAAUAUUUUAGUAUGUAUGAGGUGAUGGUUGUCCAAAGGAAUCUAAACAUAUUUGUUGCACAUGUAUGUGUCCGAAUGCAAUUAUUACUAGGUUUCAUACAGGGUUACAUAUAUUGUUCAACUGGUCUGCAUUUACUGCUUGCGCAAUCAUCCAAUACAGUAUGAAUCAGAAGAGUACUCAAUAUUGUAAUGCUGUGUGUAGGAUUUGAUUAAAUAAUUUUCAAUUCUUUGUGAAGAAUGGAGAAAAAGGCACUUGUCUCAUAGAGAUGUUAAACUAUUUGAUGUAUGGUACCUUAUAUAGGAUUAUACCAAUGUCUUCAUCAGUUAUAUUACAUCACUUGGAUAUUUAUCCCUUGUACAACUAUUAUGAACGAUUUCAUCCUAUAAAUGUUGUACCCCUAUAAUAUUGAACAGUAUUGGAAAUACAUAUAUCAGCACAAACGUAGCAUUCUAAAUGUAGUUUAUUGUUAAGCUAUGUAUAUCACUGUUGAAAAGCACAGUUCUGUGAGCAUUGGACAAGUAUCAUAGACGUCUUUUUUGUUUUUUGCAGUGAUCCUGAAGAGAAAAUAGAUAGACCAUCGAUUGGUCUGAGAAACAACUCUUGUUCUUUUUGUGUAGUGCCAAAGUUUUUAUUAAUAAUAUAUCUGUAAAGUGCUUAGGCACAUCGUUGGAUUGGUGUAUUGAGCGCUACAUAAAAAAACGGAUUAUUAUUAUUAUUAUUUAUUAUUAUUAUUAUUUUUUAGCCCGCCGUUGUUUGUGUUAUUUACAAGGAUAUGAUCCACCAUGUUUUGUUAUUACUGUCAUUAAUUUUAUCAAGUACUUGUCCAUCAACCUACCUUGGUUAACAUGCUAGCUCUAAGCUCUUUUAAGAUUCGAAAAGAAGAAUCUAGAAUCAUUCAUCUCAUCAGGAACUUAGACUGAAAUAUUUGUAACCUCUAUGAUCAGGAACUUUGAACUUGAUUUGAAAAUUGGUCAACUUGAUUUUUGGCAAAGUAAAUUUGACAUGGGAUAAUUUGCAGAAUUCAAAUUUCUUUUUAUUGAUAUCUUAACUAUCCGUUUCAGCAGUUAUAUUGCAUUUUGUCCAUGUUUUCUUUUUAGGGUAGAUCAUAUUUCCUACAUGUCCCAUAAACAUUGUGUUGUGUGCUAUUUGUAAAAGUAGUACUAUACAGAAUAUGGAAUAUAAUAGUAAGUCAAUAGUUUCCCCCAAAAGUUUCUGCUUUGGCACAUCCCAUAAAUCAGUGUUCCAUCAAGCAAGGUAUUAUAGGAAAGUAAUGUGUAUGUAUAUGUGUAGACAAAAAGCUCUAUUUUAAAGCAUGUGCAUGUGUGGUUGAAAAAUGUGUGGAUACUUUGAAAUGGUCAUUGGAAGUUACAUGUAUUGAUGUUGCAUACCAGGCCCGAUGUGCGAUAGAGACUGCCAGAUUUGAACAUGUGGUUCGUUGAAGGCAAUAAAUACUAUAUCACAACUGAA